AUGGCGGAGUCAGAUUCCAAGGACACGGCAAAGGCCGAGCCUCGGCUCGAUGCCCUCGGCAUCUUCUGGAUCGUCUUCACCUUCGCCUGGACCUUCAUGCUCGCAGGCGGAAUGUACUUCCUCUGGCGCCGUCGCGAUAUGCCUUUGCUUAGGAUUCGAGGCCUGCCGUUAUCGUUUGCUGCUAUUAUCCUUCUCCAUCUCUACUGGGGCGCCGUCCAAACCGGUUACGUCUACUUCCCGCUCGCUACGCCCGAGCUCGAAUUCUGGGUCAUGAGCACCUAUCUUCCCUUCGGUAUUGCAUUGUUCCACGCUUCCAACAGUCGAUUCCUCCAUGUCGCCAAGACUCAGAAGAAGCUCUUUGCUAUGGAGAAAGAUCCGUCCAAGACCCAACGACCCAAACCCAGCUCGCUCAAAGGUCGCUUCCAAUUGCUCGAGUACACCAAGAAGAUUCUAGUCCUUGUCGGCGCCGGCAUGGCUUUCCAGCUCUUCCUCACAAUCUUCAUGUUCCUUAUCUCGCGAAAGUUUCAUCCCUCCUUUGGCAUCCCGGGUACUGAGGUCACUGGCACCAAGGACUACCAGAUGUCUCAGAUGGGCCGCGGCUGGGAAUGGUGGCCGUCCGUCUUUUGGCAAUUCUUCUGGGCAUGGAUCGUCGCCCCCUACAUUCUGUGGAAGGCCCGUGGUAUCAACGACACCCAGGGAUGGAGAGCCCAAACCAUUGCUUGCUGCCUUGCCAGCCUUCAUGCUACCCCUAUGUGGCUAAUUGCGUUACACGUCCCUGCCAUGGCUCCCGUAAACCACGUCUGGGUUCCUCCUCAAUGGAUUGCCGUCUCAAUCAUGAUGCUUGAGAUCUUUACCGUCUUUCUCCCCUGCUGGGAGGUCAUCCGGCACCAGACCUUGCGACAGGAAACUCUCGACUCAAUCGCCCAUUGGCAGCUCAACACGAAGCCUGUCGAAAAGGGUGCUAGGUCUAUCGCUAAUAUGUAA